AUGGAGAAUCAGAUACAAGUGCGGCAUCUGGCUUCACGUGAAGGUACGGUAACUUUACAAACAUGUGCCAUAACUUCAAGUGCAUGUACCGUAACUUCACGUACAGGCUCCGUAGCAUCACGUACAGGUACGGUAGAGCGCCCAGGUGGCCAGCAGUCGCCUACUCGACCCCCUCAACACAAAACUGUUGCUCCAUGGGGCUACGAAGGUUCAACAGGUCCUGCCUACUGGGCCCUGACGUACCCACAAUGUGGUGGCAGUAGACAGUCACCCAUCAACAUCGUCACCUCCCAGGUGGUGGGCAACUACGCCUGGUUGCCACUCGGGUUUAUAAACUACGAGAUGGUUCCUUCCUCCAUGACUAUCAGAAACACUGGUCACACAGCCGAGGUCACGCUGCAGCAGACUCUAAUGCCCACGCUGAUGGGUGGGGACCUAUUGGCCCCGUACACCUUCGCCCAGUUCCACUUUCAUUGGGGCAGUCCGAGCACCUUGGGCAGUGAACACACCAUAGAUGGUAAAAAAUAUGCGGCCGAGCUUCACGUUGUUCACUACAAGACUGCUUACGGUAACGUCAGCGCAGCUUCCAGCUACUCCGACGGUCUCACUGUUCUUGCCAUGCUUAUACAAAUUGGAGAAGAUGACAACCUCAGACUGCAGAGUGUCAUUGAUGGUCUCGCUACCAUCCACGAGGCAGGAACGACGAACCACAUCGUGCCCUUCCCUCUGAGAGAACUGUUACCUGAGAACGUUGAGAACUUCUACAGUUACCUGGGGUCCCUGACCAUCCCGCCGUGCAGUGAGGCCGUGAUCUGGACGAUCUUCAAGGAACCCAUCACCAUGUCCAUGAAUCAGAUGUCCCAGUUCUUUAAACUUCUCACUGAGGAGAACACUCCUCUCGUGGACACCUUCAGGCCACUUCAACCCCUGGGAAACCGCACGGUGUAUGACGGUAGCAUGACGCCUCUCUGGGGUUACGAAGGUUUGAUUGGGCCCCAGUACUGGCCUAAGUAUUUCCCCCUGUGUGGUGGCUCGGCACAGUCCCCUGUGAACAUUGUCACUAAGACAGUACAGCCGGUCUACCAGCUGCCGUUCGUCUUUACGAACUUCGACGCCACACCUCUCACUGCCACCCUUGAGAACAACGGUCAUGCAGCUGACGUAAGUAUAACUAUGGCACCCGGAGUGGCAAUUCCCUCGCUUUCUGGAGGAGGACUCACCGACCAGUACACCUUCGCCCAGUUGCACUUCCACUGGGGCAGGAACCAGGACGAGGGAUCCGAACACACUAUCAAUGGUGGCAGGUACCCAGGUGAACUUCACAUAGUCACCUACAAGACCCAGUACUCCACCCUGACGCAGGCACUGAAUUAUAACGAUGGCGUGGUGGUGUUGGGGAUCUUCCUGAAGGCAGCUCCUGAAGAUAACAAUGUGCUCUCUCCCAUCAUCGCAGGUCUCCCUCGUGUUCUCAACGCAGACACCACCACGACGAUUCCCAGCUUCCCCCUGCAGAACCUCUUGCCUGGGAACAUAAUAAACUACUAUCGCUACCAAGGCUCCCUCACCACCCCUACCUGCAACCAGGUGGUCUCAUGGACAGUCUUCGCCCAACCUAUACCAAUUUCACUCGCUCAGCUAGCAGCGUUCAGGACCCUACACGACGAGACUGGUCAACUGAUAGAGUUCAACUUCCGUCCAGUACAACCUCUUAAUGGACGUACGGUGUUCAUGACAAAAGGUUGACUGGUUGAGGCAGGAGCCUACCACCACCAGCAGCAGCACCACCAGCAGCACCACCAGCACCACCACCAGCAGCACCACCACCACCAUUACCACCACCGCCGACUUCACCACUACCACCAACAUCAUCUCCACCUCUGUUCCUACCACUUUCUUUGCCUCUCACUUCGUCUCACUCUCUAUUUCUCUCUCUUUUUAUUUCUCUAACUUUUACUGUUGCUUUCUCUUUCUCUGUUUCAUUGUGUUCCUCUCAUUCUCUCUCUCUCUCUCUCUCUCUCUCUCUCUCUCUCUCUCUCUCUCUCUCUCUCUCUCUCUCUCUCUCUCUCUCUCUCUCUCACUAAUACCACUUAAUAAAAUAUAAUAAUACUUAAAAUCGUAAAAUAAUCUGCAACUUAAACGUUAUAUAUGUAAUAAAAUAUUACGUGUGUUAUAUUAUUUUUGUUUUCAAUUAUA